AUGGCCUCCUCUCCCCUCCACCUCUUCCUCCUCCUUCCCCUGCGCCUCCUCUUCCUCCUCCCGCUGCUCGCCGCGGCCAAACCCGUCCUCGAGAACGGUUACACGGUCACCACCUUCGCCGACCUGAACCCGCUCCCGGCCUCUGGGCCGUACCCCUACGCGAUCCUCCCGCGGCUCCACGCUGGCGACCUCCUCCUCCUCGACUCCGCCGGAUCCGCGCUCUACACCCUCUCCCUCUCCUCCUCCCCCGGCGAGCCGCGCAGGCUAGCGAGGGGCAAGCGGGGCUCCGGGUUCGACGACGGCGACGCCGCCUUCGACCGGCCGCGCAGCGUCGCCGUCGAUGCCGUCGACAACGUCUACGUCGCCGACCAACGCCACGGCGCCGUCCGCAAGGUCGCGCCCUCCGGUUAUACUACUACGAUUGCCGGAGGCCUCUCAUCAGGGCAUGGUCGCAGGGAUGGACUGGCACAGAAUGCUACUUUCUCGGCAGAUUUUGAGCUUGUUUAUGUCCCCAAAAUUUGUGCCCUGUUAGUAGCUGACAGAGGAAAUCGAAUGGUUAGACAAAUCAAUCUAAAGCCAGAAGAUUGUGCACAUGAAAAACAGUCAGGCUUGGGAACUACAUCGGUGUCGGUCAUUGCAAUAUUGUGUGCAUUGCUCGGUACAAUUAUUGGGUUCUUAGUUCGCCAUUUUUACCCUGUCAAUGAAGUCUCCAUCAACCACUUUUUCAGCAGGAUGCAGAAGCAAUUCCUGAGGACACAGGGGAAGGCAACUCUGAUCAGCUUCUGCGACAUAAAAAGCGCAGUUGCUAGCUCCAUGGGCUACACCCUCCUGCUUAGACUGAUCAGACUUGGCCGUGGCUAUCUAGCCAUGGUGUUCCCUAGUGUUAGCAAAGCUCCCCUUCCUCCUACUGGGCAACUGGGGGAUCUGAUAAGCUUUGCUGGAGAUGCCGGUGAUAAGGAGGGUAGUGGUAAUGCCAAUAGUCAGGAGGGUAAGGUGCCAUCUUAUGAGGGUGACUUGAUGGGUCUUCUCUACAUCCCACCUGGCAGCGUUAAGAAAAUUGAUCACAUGAUCGAGACCAACCUAUCCGGCUUUUCAAGCCGUGUGAAUCGUCGUAGAUUAACUGUUAGUGGUUGUAGUGUAAGCAGGAGGGUGCAUGGAGACAAAUAA